AUGGCGCCUGAGAGCUGCAGACCCCCAGCCCAGGAGCUGGUGACCUUCAAGGAUGUGGCUGUGGACUUCAGCCCUGAGGAGUGGGGUCUGUUGAACCCAGAUGAGAAAGAGCUGCAUAAGGAGGUCAUGCUGGAGAAUGCCGAGAACUUGCUCUCCCUGGGACUUCCAGUUCCCAGAGAAGAUUUCAUCUCUAAUGUGGAGAGAGGAGGCCUGAGGAACUCCUGUCCUGAAAAACAAUCUUACAAAUGUAAUCAAUGUGGAAAGGAUUUCCAAUGUUGUUCCAAAUUGGCUCAACAUCAGAGAAUCCACACUGGAGAAAAACCUUAUGAAUGUAAUCAGUGUGGACAGAGUUUCAGAUGCAAAUCUAAACUUGCUCUACAUCAGAGAAUCCACACUGGAGAGAAACCUUAUGAAUGUAACAAAUGUGGAAAGACUUUCACACGGAGUGACAGUCUUCAUGAACAUCAGAGAAUCCACACUGGAGAGAAGCCUUAUGAAUGUAAUGACUGUGGAAAGGCUUUCGCAUAUCUCUCCAGUCUUGCUGACCAUCAGAGAAUCCACACUGGAGAGAAGCCUUAUGAAUGUAAGCAAUGUAGAAAGGCUUUCACAAAGCAUUCCCAUCUUGCUGACCAUCAGAGAAUCCACACUGGAGAGAAGCCUUAUGAAUGUAAGCAAUGUAGAAAAGCUUUCACAAAGCAUUCCCAUCUUGCUGACCAUCAGAGAAUCCACACUGGAGAGAAGCCUUAUGAAUGUAACGAAUGUGGAAAGACUUUCACAUAUUGUUCUAGUCUUGCUGACCAUCAAAGAAUCCACACUGGAGAGAAGCCUUAUGAAUGUAAGCAAUGUAGAAAGGCUUUCACAAAGCAUUCCCAUCUUGCUGACCAUCAGAGAAUCCACACUGGAGAGAAGCCUUAUGAAUGUAACGAAUGUGGAAAGACUUUCACAUAUUCUUCCAAUCUUGCUAAACAUCAGAGAAUUCACACUGGAGAGAAGCCUUAUGAAUGUAAUGACUGUGGAAAGGCUUUUACACAAAGCUCCCAUGUUGCUAUCCAUCAGAGAAUCCACACUGGAGAGAAGCCUUAUGAAUGUAAUGAAUGUGGAAAGACUUUCACAUAUUGUUCCAGUCUUGCUAAACAUCAGAGAAUUCACACUGGAGAGAAGCCUUAUGAAUGUAAUGACUGUGGAAAGGCUUUUACACAAAGCUCCCAUGUUGCUAUCCAUCAGAGAAUCCACACUGGAGAGAAGCCUUAUGAAUGUAACGAAUGUGGAAAGACUUUCACAUAUUGCUUCAGUCUUGCUAAACAUCAGAGAAUCCACUCUGGAGAGAAGCCUUAUAUAUGUAACAAAUGUGGAAAGGCUUUCAUACAGCGCAGCAAUCUUACUUCCCAUCACAGAAUCCACACUGGAGAGAACCCUUAUGAAUGUAAUGACUAUGAAAAGACUUUCACAUGA